GCGAGGUCACGUGGUUUCUCGCGGCACAGCUGCUACCCGGGUGAGUUUGAGCCAGCGACGGCUGUAAAAACCUGUACGUGGAAGGUUCGACCUCCUCAGUUUCCAGCACUUUAGCCAUGGAUGCCAUCAAGCUUGUCUACUUCCACCUCCGGGGUCGCGCUGAGAUGAUCCGUUUGAUGCUGGAGGCAGCCGGCCAGGAGUACGAGGAGGAGCGCGUGCAGUUCGGAGACUGGCUUCAGCGGAAACCCGAUGCCCCCUUCGGCAGCUUGCCGUACAUUGAGUAUCAAGGCAAACGCUACGGACAGAGCAUUGCCAUCGCCACCUUCAUCGCCAAGCAGCUGGGGUUUUACGGCAAGACCAACCUGGAUGCCCUGCGCAUAGACGAGAUCUCGUGGUUGUGGGAGGAUCAGCUCACCUCAAACCUCACCGGUUCUCGCUGGGCCAAGGACGAAAAAGUUAAGGCGGAGCACCGGAGAAAGACGCUGGAGGAAGACUUGCCCAAGUUCUUUGGCUUCUACGAGAGGUUGCUGGGAGAAAAUAAUGGCAAUGGCCACUUUGUGGGCGACUCGUUUUCGCUGGCGGACUUUUAUGUUUUUGACAUGACGGACAACAUCCUGGCACUCAAGGAAGACGCCCUCAAAGAGUAUCCGCUCCUGCAGAAGCUACGCGAUAACGUGACCUCUGACCCUAAGGUCAAAGCCUACUUAGCUCGCAGGCCGCCGACCGGUUGGUAACUCGUCACUGUAAUUUUGCUGAAUUGAAAAAACAGUUAGCUCCUGAUAAAAAUGAGCCACUUAAUAAACAAACAGAUAAUCAGAUAACAGCAAAUAUAGAUUUGUUAUUAUCUUAAAUAUCUGUUAUUUUUAUAGUAAUUAUUUUUAGUAUAACCUCUAGUGCUUGACGAUGCGCUUCCUACAUUAUCUGACAACAUUGCCCUUGUCGAACUGCUCCAAUUAUUGCUGAUUACUGUAUUGUGGUGUUUCUCACAACAGCAAUCGAAUGUUGUUGUUGCUAGUAGAAACCAACCAAAAUGCAAACAUUUCUUCACUAAGUCAUGUGACAGAGAAUCUGGAUAAAGAUGUAUUCAAAUAAUGUGGCUCGACAGUCGUAAGACAGCCCACCCCACUUCCUAAAGCCAUCUGCGUAAUGAAUGCAUGGUCAAUAAAGAAAUUAAUUUUUA